AUCAACAAAGCCCAAGUCUUAAUCAGUCUGCUCUACUGCCUCCUUGGAGAAGCGACAUGGCAAACAACGGACGUGCAGAACCGUGAGGACAAACAGCUGUCCUGCCUUCACACUUAAAACUCCCCAGCCCUCAGCGCUCCGCCUAUCCACCGUUGGUUAUUCCCUCUGACUCCUACUCCUCGGUCCCUAGUUCCCGUCAUCCACCGGGCUCUGCCGUUCCUUCAGCCGAAAUCCCGCGUGGCUAGGCCGGGCCGAAGUCUCGCAAGGGUGAUCCCGCUGCCCUGGUAACGAGUGUUGCGACUCUCGGUGAAGAACGUCUCUGGAGCGGCUAAACUGCCCGGACGGUACCAGUCGCUGGGCCCUAGGUAUUGCGGGCCAAACGGCUGCUCUGGGCACGGGAGGGACGACUGGCCUGAUCAGGGGACUCAGGGUAGGGUGAGGGGGCCGAGGGUGACAGUGAGGUGUCAAGAGGGAAAGUCCCUGCGGAAAAGGAGCGCGCCUCUGGAAAUGCGCCCCUCCCCCCACGGCCGUGUCGCGAAGUGAGUGUGGGAGGAAGACUUUGCAGCCGGGAAUUGUGGCUUCAUCGUCCUUCCCGCUUGGGAAGUCACUUUCCUGACCGCAGACCUGCCUGGUCGCGGCUGGCGUGGCCGCGCCAGCUGUUGCCUCUUGUGCUUCUGAGUGGAAGAUCCUCGCGGAGCGCUCAUUAGAUCCACCUGUGUGUGUGGCUUUCCUGAAGCUCAGGUUUUACUCUGCAACAGGUCAGCACGUUGGUGGGCCUCUUAGGCGCAUGUAAGGAAAUAGAAUCAAGUUUUAUGCCAGUCUAGCUUUACGGAUUUGGAGUUGUGAUCCCCAGGCUGAAACUUAAGUCUCUUACUACAGAAGGUGUCGCCCAUAAGACAGACUUCUCUGUUGCAUUGGUAGUUAAUUGCUAAGGAGCUUGGACUUUUAUUUUGUGUAGUCUUCGCUCAAAAAUAUACUUUUUUGCAGCAGGCGCAUAAACCAAUAGAUUCGAAAUUAGUAAAUUCCUUUGGUCUCUCAAAAAGAAUAGAAUCUUAACAAGGAAUUUCUAUUAUUUCAUUGUCCUUAAUAACUAUUUGAGAAGAUAUUUGCAUGGGAGGGUUAAUGGUCAUUGUGAAUGCAACCUUCUGAGAACAGCUGAAAUUCCUCGAAGACUAAAUGUGAUGGAAUAUUAGAACAGAGACAGUACCUACAGAGUUUUAACCAAGAUAUAAAGAGAAAAGUCUAUUGUCAUUUGAACUAUUGGUCAAAUGAAAUUUAAGCGAAAAAAAAUUACCUACAUUGCUACAAUUCACUGCGUGAAUAACUAAUUUUUAUUUGAUUCAUGCUCUUUUUAAUGCCUCAGGAUUAUUUUGAACUUGCUAUCGUGUGUGGUAUUUAAUUGUAAAUAUAGAAUGUAAAUGAUUUUGGCUAUGUACCCUGAAAAUUCCUUUUUCAGUUAAAUUAUUUACUUGAUUUGUCUUUUAUUGUGAUUUUCUGUCUUACAAAAAUGGAAAAUGUCUUCAAAUCUUUGAAAUUAAAGGUUUAACUAGCUGUGCCCUAAUUUACUUUCUAGAGAAGCCUGUUGUCACUGUUAAUUAAAUAAAAUUGAAUAUAUUUGAGAGUACACUCUUAAUGUGUACUUAAUAAGAAAAUUGUCAAAUAAGAUCCUUACAAAUUAUUUUACAGCCUACCUACAAAAUAAAUUUGAAACAGAUAUUGGAAGAGAUGUCAGAAGAUUCAGAAAAGGAAGACUAUUCAGACAGAACAAUCAGUGACGAAGAUGAAUCAGAUGAGGAUACUUUUAUGAAAUUUGUAAGUGAAGAUAUCCACCAGUGUGCACUUUUAACAGCUGACUCUAUUAGUGACCCAUUUUUCCCCCGGACCACACAGAUACUAUUGGAAUAUCAGCUAGGAAGGUGGGUGCCACGUCUUCGUAAACCACGAGAUUUAUAUGGUGUCUCUUCUUCUGGUCCGCUGGGCCCAACACGGUGGCCGUACCACUGUGAAGUCAUUGAUGAAAAAGUCCAGCAUAUUGAUUGGACUCCUUCUUAUCCUGAGCCAGUGUACAUCCCAACAGGCCUGGAGAUGGAACCCCUUUAUCCAAACUCCAAGGAAGAUACUGUGGUUUAUCUAGCUGAAGAUGCCUACAAAGAGCCGUGUUUUGUGUAUUCCCGAGUUGGGGGCAACCGAACACCCUUGAAGCAGCCUGUGGAUAACUGUGAUGAUACUUUGAUGUUUGAAGCAAGGUUUGAGAGUGGUAAUCUACAGAAGGUAGUCAAAGUGGCAGAAUAUGAGUACCAGCUGACUGUGCGCCCUGACCUGUUCACAAGUAAACACACCCAGUGGUACUAUUUCCAAGUCACUAAUACCCAAGCAGAAAUAGUCUACAGAUUCACUAUUACCAAUUUCACGAAACCUGCUAGUCUUUAUAAUCGAGGUAUGCGCCCACUGUUUUAUUCUGAAAAAGAGGCCAACACUCAUAAUAUUGGCUGGCAGAGAAUAGGAGACCAAAUCAAGUACUAUAGGAACAACCAGGGACAAGAUGGGCGCCACUAUUUCUCUCUUACAUGGACGUUUCAGUUUCCGCACAACAAAGACACCUGCUACUUUGCUCACUGUUACCCAUACACUUACACCAACCUGCAAGAAUACCUUUCUAGCAUCAAUAAUGACCCAGUACGGUCAAAGUUUUGUAAAAUACGUGUCUUAUGCCACACGAUUGCUAGAAACAUGGUGUAUGUUUUAACGAUUACUUCCCCCUUGAGGAACACUGACACAAGAAAGCGAAAGGCCGUGAUUCUGACUGCAAGGGUACAUCCAGGAGAAACCAACAGCUCUUGGAUCAUCAAAGGCUUCCUGGAUUAUAUUUUAGGAGACUCAAGUGAUGCACAGUUGCUUCGAGACACUUUCAUCUUCAAGGUGGUACCCAUGCUGAAUCCAGAUGGUGUGAUUGUGGGAAACUAUCGGUGUUCCUUAGCUGGACAGGAUUUAAACCGCAACUAUACAUCUCUCCUGAAGGAAUCAUAUCCUUCUGUUUGGUAUACCCGGAACAUGAUCCAUAGAUUGAUGGAGAAACAAGAGGUUAUUUUAUAUUGUGACCUUCAUGGCCACAGUAAGAAAGAGAACAUCUUCAUGUAUGGCUGUGACAGUAGUGGUAGGUGUAAAGCGUUAUACCUACAGCAACGAAUCUUUCCACUUAUGCUGAGCAAAAAUUGUCCAGAUAAAUUUUCAUUCUCAGCUUGCAAGUUUAAUAUUCAGAAGAGCAAAGAGGGAACAGGAAGGGUGGUAAUGUGGAAAAUGGGAAUCAGGAACAGCUUUACCAUGGAGGCCACUUUUUGUGGAUCUACACUGGGUAAUAAAAGAGGCACUCAUUUCAACACAAAAGACUUGGAGUCAAUGGGAUAUCAUUUUUGUGAUUCUCUCUUGGACUACUGUGAUCCAGACCAAACUAAGUAUUAUCAGUGCCUAAAAGAAUUAGAAGAAAUGGAAAAACAUAUAAACUUGGAAAAAGUUCUUGAUGAUUCAGAUACUUCUCUGAAAGAAAUUACAUUGGAUCUAGAAUCCAGCAGCCGUGGCUCUGACAGUUCAGAAUCCAACGACUCUCAGACUGAUCUUCUCAAGUUAAGUUCUCAAAAAAAACAUCUGAAAACAAAGGAAAGAAAUUCUACUGUAGAAAGCCAUCAAAACAGCAGAGAAGAAGAGCAAGAGGUUUGCGAUAAAGGACAUUUAGUUCAAAGACACAAAGAAUCAAAUGCUGAUGUGGAAGAUCUGCAUCACAACUUAAACAGUAAUAUGAAAGAAUGUACAUCUUUCCAAAGCAAGAAGGCUGGCGUAAAUUGGACAGAUGAUGAAAAAAGGAUCUACAGGGAUAAAGAAAUAGCCCAAACUCAAGAAAUACUGCAGUGUUUGCUCCCCAUCAUGAAAAGCACUAAAAAUGUGCAAACCACUCAGAUGAAACAGAUAUUCAAUCCAAGAAUCAACUUUCAAAUCCAACAUCAACCUCAGCCAUCUACUUACAUAAAUAUAAAGAAAUACAGCACAUCUUGGACACCACCCACAAACCCCCCUCUUAGAAGCCAAAGGAAUCUUCCUGUCAGCUCUUCAGAAUGUCUCCAGUCUGUGUCCCAGAAGUCAUCUGAAAGUUUGUCACCUCUCAAAGGACCCAAGAAGAAGAAAAAACAUUUUCGAGCCAAGGCCACAAAGACAAAAGACAUGAAACGUGUCAGCGGCAAAUGGGAGACUACUCCCUCAAGUUUUGAGAAGGGUGCAGACCAGAGUCUGCAGGCUGAAGAAUCCAACCAGCAAGGCUCGCUACAAAGAGCCCCCCAUCUAAUUAAAAAUAAGGGAGAGCAACCGAAAAAGAAGGAUGGCCAACCCACCUUCCGUUUGAUGUUCCAAACGGACAAAUAAUCUAGCUUUAUGCUGCUCUGAAAACUGUGGAUAAAAGACAACAUAUACUUACAUAGAAAAAAGAAAGAGGAAAGAAAGAAAAAGAAAAGCCCUCCCUAUCCCCAGCCCCUACACCUCCAUGUGCAUGUACUACAAGUUCGCAAUGUCUCAUCUUCUUCCGUUGGAACAUCUUUCAGAGAAUUAAAAAGAAAUACAGAGAAAAUAUAGAAAAUUAAAAAUCA